UGCGCAGAGCUGCUCCGCUCUCCUGUAUCUGUUCCCAGACAUCAUCAUCAUCAUCAGCAGCAGCAGCAUCAUCGUCACAGCAGCAGCAGCAGCAGCGGUUGCGGAGGGAGAGGAAGCCAUAAGAUGAAGAAACGCUAUGUGGACGCGAGCAAGCUACGGAAAAUGAAGAAGCUGAGGCUGACGGAGAAGCUGUCUGAGAGUGCGUACACCUUCCUGAAGUUCAUGAUGAUGUGGACCCUGGUGCUGCUGGCAGACUUCAUCCUUGAAUUCAGACUGGAGUACCUGUGGCCCUGCUGGCUCUUCUUUGGCAGCGUAUACACCACUUUCCACUGCCAUGGCCUGGUGAUUUGUGUUGUUUUUGUGUGUGCUGCCUUCACGCUGGACAUCUUUUGUUUGAUUUUCGUUCCUUUGCACUGGCUGUUCUUUGUGGCCAGCACCUACGUGUUAUUCAAUUACAUAUGGCACACAGAGAAGGGCAUCUGUAUAUCCACAGUGUCCCUGUGGAUUCUGCUCGUGUACACAGAGGCUUCACUUCGACUUAAAGACCUCAAAUCCUCUCACGCCAACCUGUCUCAUCUUUUUGCUGCACACUGCAUUGGAUAUCCUGUCGUAUACCUGGGCUUUGACGCCACCUGCUACUUCACCAACAUCUUCAAGCUGCGCAUACAGAAGGCCGUUCAGAGCGAGAACGACUUCCACAUGCACCUGCUGCAGCACUCGCUCCCUCCAGGCCUGCAGGGUCUCCCCAAGACUGGCACAGACGGCAGCAGCGGCUCAAAAUGGAAGACAAAGCCUGAGUCGAGUCAGUAUCAGUGUCAGAACGGUGCCGUCGUGGCUCACGAUGACGCUCACAUCGUGGACUGCCUCCAGAUCCGCAGCGACGAGAGAACGCCAGAAAAGGCAGCGCCGGAGGUGAAAUCCACCGAGACAAACCGGCGGACGUUGCCGUCGUCGUCGUCCAAACACAGCCCCAGUGAGUCCAGAGAUGUGGUCCACAGUGGUGCGGGAGGAGCGGAGUCCUCCACAAGCACAGAACAUCUACCUCAAGAGGAGCAAGGAGGCAAAGGCACGCGGGCGGCCAAAAGCUCCUCGCCAAAGGCCCGCAGAAGCAGCACAAACACUCCUUCUCCACCUGCAACGAGGACCGAGAAGAAACAGAGGUCCUCAAAAACGGUCAGCCCGAACCGGGACGCGACAGACAAGUGUGCCACAGCGACUCAGAACCACAACACCGAGCAGAUCAGCAAGCUGGAGCAGGAGCUGAAGAAGCUGAAGGGCGAGCUGCAGACGAGCAGGCAGAGCGAGCAGGAGCUGCGGAGUCACAUCUGCAACCUCACCAACAGCGAGAGGAGCCUGAGACCGGAGGUUUCCCUCCUCAGACAGUCCAACAUGCUGCUGCAGAGCAAGAUCCUGUGUUUGUCAAAGAACAAGCAGCGGGACAAGCAGAGCAGCGUGAUGCUGGAGAAGAAGAUGAGAGCGGAGACGGAGGCCAGACUCUGUGCCGAGAAGCAGCUGGCCGAACUCCAGGCUCAGAAACUGGAGGAGGCGGCAAACGCAGCACGGAGCCUGACAAACAGGCAGGAACACUGUGAAACCCAAAUGUUAAGGAAAAGGGUUAAAGAUCUAGAGACAGAGUACAAACAACUACAGCUGGAGUAUCAAGUGAAAGAGAAUCGGGUGGUAGAUCUAGAGGGUGAUGUUGAGGCUUUGGGGAAGUACCGCUGUGUGGAGAAAGAGACAGACAUGCUGCUGUCCACUCUGUCAGCCAUGCAGGAGAAAGCUCAGCAUCUGGAGUACAACUUGAGCGCCGAGACCCGCAUCAAACUGGACCUGUUCUCCGCUCUGGGAGACGCACGCAGGCAGCUGGAAAUCGCUCAAGAUAAAAAGCUGAAGCAGGACCGGGAAAUCAGCGAGAUGAAGCAGAAGAUUGCAGAGGUGAUGGCCGUCAGCCCCGGCGUGUCCUACAUGGCUCCUCGGCCUCCGGUGCCGCAGUAUCUCACCAAGUUACUCAACUCUGAGCGCUACAUGCUGAACCCUCGAGCACUGAUGUACCAGUGUCUGAAGAAAUAGACGAACGCCAGGAAGGAGGUUUUCUUAAAAAAAACACACAAAAAACAACACACACAGAUUUUUUUGAAAUCACAGAGCUAAACGACAUCUUCUUCCAGCGUACGAGUGGGAACCAGAACGGAGUCUAAUGCCUUUUAGUCGGCACUGACGGUGCUAAACGUUGACUCGUUUGAUUCUGUACAUUUUCACGUUUUCUCUCUCGACGACGCUCGACGACGUGUGAUAUGCAUAGCUACUGUCGGCCGCAGUUUAACAUGUAAAGAAACCUUACGGCCUAACGGUGUAAAUCAUCAGAUGCAACAGAGGAGAAAAGAAAAAAAGCACAACGUCUCUCUACAAGUUCAGACACUUGGAGCUUUGGUGACAUUAAAAUCCGGUGCUGGGAUCAGGCAAUUUUUACUAACGAGACCGAAACAGAAGAGAAGAGUAAACAACUCAUUUCCUAACAGCCAUAGAUGUUCUGUCCAAACAAAGCUGGACCCCAAUCAAUCUGCCUCUGCUUCUGCCUCUCUCUCUCUCUCUCUCUCUGUCUCUCUCUCUCACCUCGGCGGUCCAAAUGAUCAGAAAAUAAGAAUGAAUUCUUUACCAAUGAUUUGUGGAUAUUUGAGUUAUAAAUAUUCCCACACUGACAAUUUUACCCCCACAGCAGCUUUAAAAGACAUUUACUUUUUUACUGGCAUGUAAAAUGAUUCAUUAUCAUGUCACCACAGUCUCAUCCUGUGUGUUGUUACUGAUACAAGGUCUUAAAAGAAGGGGUUUUUUGAUUGUUGACCACAGAAUUAUCUUGACCUGCAGUGACGCAAAUUAUUUUUUUACGCAUUUGUUAGAAGAAAAUCAUCUAAUGGGCACAUGCUUAUAUAUAUAUA